UGUGCAUUGUGGGAAUUAGCCAAGAUGGCGGCACCCAUACUGAAGUGGAAGCGAGUAACAAACACAACUGGACAGGCACCAAGACCUCGUCAUGGUCAUCGCGCUGUUGCAAUUAAAGAUCUUAUGAUUGUUUUCGGUGGUGGUAAUGAAGGGAUUGUUGAUGAACUCCACGUUUACAGCACUACCAGUAAUCAAUGGUUUGUACCGCCUGUUAAAGGGGACAUACCACCUGGAUGUGCAGCAUACGGUUUUGUCUGUGAUGGAGCCAGAUUGCUAGUAUUUGGUGGCAUGGUUGAAUAUGGAAAGUAUUCAAAUGAACUUUAUGAGCUUCAGGCUAGCAGGUGGGAAUGGAAGAGAUUAAAGCCCCGGUCUCCAAAAAAUCAGCCACCACCUUGUCCAAGAUUAGGACACAGUUUUACCCUCAUUGGGAACAAAGUAUAUUUGUUUGGUGGACUUGCUAAUGAUAGUGAUGAUCCCAAAAAUAAUAUUCCAAGGUAUCUGAAUGAUCUGUAUACAUUAGAAUUACGUUCAUAUUCAAAUGCUAUGAUGUGGGAUAUUCCUCAGUACAGUGGUCAACCACCCCCACCUAGAGAAUCUCAUACUGCAGUUGCCUAUACUGGAAAAAAUGAUAAGCAUGCUAGAUUAAUUGUUUAUGGUGGAAUGAGUGGGUGCAGACUUGGUGAUCUGUGGCAGUUAGAUAUAGAAACAAUGAGUUGGUCAAAACCAGUUGUUCAAGGUCUUUCACCUCUUCCUCGGAGUUUACAUUCUGCAACAUUAAUUGGGCAUCGAAUGCUUGUAUUUGGAGGUUGGGUCCCUUUAGUGAUGGAUGAUAAUAAAGCUGCCACCCAUGAAAAGGAAUGGAAAUGCACCAAUACCUUGGCAUCUCUGAAUUUAGAAACUAUGACUUGGGAGCCACUUGCCAUGGAUGGAUUCGAAGAAGCUGUUCCCCGAGCUCGAGCUGGCCAUUGCUCUGUUGCCAUCAAUUCCCGAUUGUAUAUAUGGAGUGGACGAGAUGGGUAUAGAAAAGCUUGGAAUAACCAGGUGGUAUGUUGCAAAGAUUUAUGGUUUUUAGAGACUGAAAAGCCGGCAGCUCCUUCACGUGUUCAGCUGAUACGUGCCUCCACACAUUCUUUAGAAGUUCAUUGGGGAACAGUUCCAACAGCUGAUACAUACUUAGUUCAACUCCAGAAAUAUGAUAUGCCUCCAACUUCGCCACAGAUGGCUGGAACUGGGGCUUCUCAGCAUCCGAUUCCUGCUGCUCCUGUCCCUAUUUCUAACACUGCACCUGUUAAUCAACCAACCACAACAUCUACAGUUAAUACGCAAAAUGCUGCUACAGUAUCACCACUUAUAACAGCACCAGCAGCAGUAGUUUCAACAACCGCACAAGCACAAACUCUUGUUCGGUUAGCAAUGAGCCCAGCCAGCACUGGAGCAACAGUUACUAAGCCUGCCACUGUUACUGUAGUCCAGUCAAGAAACUCGACAGCCGUUCCCGCUCAACAAAUUAGAGUAGUAACACAGACCCCAAGUGGUACUCAUGUAGUGCGUCCACUAGUGACAAAUGUGGCUGCUCCUGCUUCUACGACUGCUGUAACUACAAUGAGUGGAAUGGCUGCAUUGGCUGCUGCAGCUGCUGCCACUCAGAAAAUAACCACAAGCACAACCUCUGCCGUAAGCAGCAUACGAGUAGUCACACCAUCUCUUAUCAGUCCACAAGGAAUAAAGCUCAGUUCUGUUGCAGCACUUGGUGGUCAGACAGUUCGCAUGAGUUCUCCUGCCACUCUUUUGAAAUCCGGUGCUCAAGUUGGAACACAAGGAGGGAAACAGAUUAUUGUCCAUAAAACACCUGGAACUGGAAAUCAACCACAAAUUGUCACUUUAGUUAAAACCAGUCAGGGUGUUACUGUGGUUCCUAAGGUUAGCCUUGUGCAGAGUAAAAGUGCUACUCUUCCAGGCCAACAGACUAAAGGAACCAUUCCACAAGGUGCAACUAUUGUGAAAUUAGUUACCACCCAAGCUAAUAGUGGAGGAGCCAAACAAGGAACUGCUAUUUUGUCUCCUCAAUCUAAUUCGAGCCAAGCAACUAUUUUAGGAAUAUCUCCACAAGGAAUGCUGCAACAAAAAGUGAUGACUACCAUCCUUCGAACAUUGCCCACAAAUAUAAUUAGUGUUGCCAAACCAUCUGUUGCUGGAACCUCUGGUACAAACACUGUUUCUACUGCUUCAGCCUCCAAACAGACAUUUGUUAUUGCAGCUCCUGGCAGUGGGAAACCAGGGACACCUACGAAACUGAUAACAUCUGUGCCAAAGGUAUCAGGAACACCUACUUCUUUAAUUGUGUCCUCAGCUUCAAGUGGAGUCAAAACUGUACUGUCAACAGUGUCAACUGAUGCAGGAAAGGCAAAAACUGGAGGGUCUUCUGUCAAUGUGUUGCCAUUAACUGCUGGUACACCCUUGAAUACUAUAACAACGCCAUCGGGUGUUAAAAUGAUUGUUGUAUCAUCUGCUGGCCUAACAUCAUCUGGUCAACAAGCAAUUACUAUCCUUACUACAGCUUCGAAUUCUGGGCAUCAAGGUUUACACUCUACGGUGACAUCUCCUAUUACAUUAACAAUGCCAACUUCAGCUCUUGGCAGCAAAGUUAGCAGUAUAACAAUACCAGCAAAAUCUUUAACAGCCCAAAAUUCAAACCAGGUAGGUGGUGGACAGACCACAGGAGCCCAAAUUCUUACAUUGCCAGCACAAGGUAUAUUCACUGCUGGAACAUUGCAAGCUAAGCAAACAUUAGUAGCUGGGCAGAAAGUUCUCACUCUUAUUCCUCCAUCUUCUAGCGUUCCAUCAGUAACAUCUGAGGGAAAUGCAGAAAAUUGUGAAGCAUCAAAUGCUGUUACAGGUUUGCAGUCUGAAAAAAUGGAUGUUGACAUUCAGUCCUCAUCUGUAAUCUCUGAAAAUGACUCUAAUCUAAGUGAAAUAAAAUCUGGAGAACAGGGUAAUGAAAAUAAAAGGACAUCUGAAUUUGCAACAGGCAGUGACAAUUUAAAAUCAGUAUGUGCAGAUGGUGUGCAUUGUGGUGAAGAGGACAAUGUUGCUGAUGCAGUAUCUAGUGCUACAUCAUCUAAAAAUGGUAAUGGUGUUCAUGGACAAGAUAGCAAAAUGGUCAUUGAUCAUAGGACUAAAGUUCUCAGUGUAUGCAGUGAUGGUAUUCAUUGUGGUGAAAAUGAUACACCAAUAAAAAAAGAGAAGAAAGUGUGUGAUGAUGGAGUUCAUUGUGGGACUGAUGAUGAAGAUGAUAACAAAGAUGGUGAAAAAAUGGAUAUCAGUACAUCAGAGCAAACUUGUUUGGAUGGAGUGCAUUGUGGUGAAAAUGAAGAACAAAAACAGACAUGUACUGAUGGAAAACAUUGUGGGGAGAAUGGUGAAAAAAGUGUGCCUGAAAAGUGUCAAGAUUCUACUGAACGUUCAAAAGCUGAAUCAGGUGUUAGUGCAAAUUCUGUGACCAAUUCUCAGGCUUCAUCUCAUCUCGUCCCUUGCCAGACUUCCCUUACUUUAGAACAACCUGGUGCUCAGCCUCCAGCCCAAAUGUGUGCAGAUGACCCACCUGUUCAGGCUGAAGAUGGAGGAGUUUCAGACAGUAAUGCCAUGCAGUCUAUGACCAAAAUUUUGACUGGAAGGCAUUCUUUAGCCACUCUGGCAACAGCAGCAAUAUCAUCUGUUGGUCCACUCUCAUCACCUGCAACAAUAAAGAAAGAUAAUUUGACUGUCCUUAACAGUCAGAAUGUACCUGCUAGUUCAGUUGAUAACUCAGAUAAUAUAUCUGGCUUAAGUUUAAAAAUGGAUCUUACAAAUAUUAAACAGGAACCAAUAAAGACAGAAGAACAUCCAAAAAAGGAAAACCAGUGGUAUGAUGUUGGUUUGUUCAAAGACAGUUCUGGAGUUGUGUCUCAUUUUUAUCUGCCAGAGCCUAGCGAUAGGAAGGUUGCUGAUUCAGAUGCUGUUCCUGACCUUUCAAGUAUGAAAAAGCAGGAAUUACAGCCAGGAACAGCUUACAAAUUCAGAGUUGCUGCAAUUAAUGCAUGUGGUCGAGGGCCUUGGAGUGAAGUUUCAGCUUUUAAAACAUGUCUUCCAGGCUAUCCUGGGGCUCCAUCAGCUAUAAAAAUUAGUAAGAGUGCAGAUGGAGCUCAUUUAUCCUGGGAAGCUCCACAAACAACUUCUGGGGAGAUAACAGAGUACUCUGUGUAUUUAGCAAUGCGAUCUGCCACAACUGGUGGCCAGGGUGAUAAUAAACAGACUGUAACUUCUAAUACAUCUCAGUUAGCAUUUGUACGUGUUUACUGUGGUCCUGAACCGUCUUGCACUGUCAGCAGUGCAAAUCUGUCUUCUGCUCACAUAGACAUGACCACCAAGCCUGCAAUAAUUUUCCGAAUUGCUGCACGAAAUGAAAAGGGCUAUGGUCCAGCCACUCAAGUCAGGUGGCUUCAAGAUGGAAUGAAUGUCAGUAACAGUAAGACUGGAACUAAAAGAUCUCAGCCAUCAGAUAAAGCCAAUGCUCUAACUUCAAAGAAGGUCAAAGUGGAAGAAUCUUGAACACUUGUUAUGACAUUUGUGUUGCAAGAAAUUGUAUAUUUUGUUUCUUUCCUGGGACCGAGUAUGCAUAUUGUACAUUUCCUAAAUUGUUAAAUUCACUCAUUCCCAUCAGCAUCUUGUAAUAAAAUCUCAUCUUUUUCCUCUGCUUCAAGUACAACAUAUUUGGAGGUGAGAGCUGCCAUUAUCAAUGUUUAUUUUUGCUGAAGCUGUUAUUUUUUUAUGUGUGUGUGUAAUAUUUAGAUUAUGGAUGAAUUAAGUUAUUUGUUUUAUAGUAAAUAAUGUAUUUAAAUUUUUAAAAAUGCAACGUGCAUUACAUAUAAAAUAUGAGAUUAAUAAAAAUAUGUAAAUAUAUUGUUAUAAUUUUUCUAUAACAAAAGAUUUAAUAAUGCCAGUGAAGUUUGAUUAAUCAUUUUUCAUACAUAUACUAUUGAAUGUGGGUCAGACAUUGUUAGCUACCUAUACAUUUGAAACCCAAACAAUACAUUUAUGAAUGUAACAUAUGAGUUGAGCCUCAAACUGUAGGCUAAAGAGAAGUUCUGUAUUCAGUUUUGUAAUCAAUGGUCGCUAAUCUCUAAUUUGAUGUUAUGGCUUCUUUUGUCAAGUAACAGAUUUCAUGCCCAUCUUGAAAUAUCUUCAAGUAUCUUGAGAAGUGAAAAUAAUUAUCAUGUAUACAUUUGAAUGCAUUUAACAGUUCACAGACAUGAAUGUCAUUUGUGAAUUGUGUUUGAGUUUCAAAUGUUGUGUUGUAAUAUAUUGUAAUUUGGCUUCUGUUGUUAGUUAUAAGUAUUUGUGUCUAUUUAUCUUGACGAGAGAAAAGAUUUUCAAUAAACAUUUCAGGCUUGGAUGCAACUAAAGCUCAAUUCAUUGGCUUGAAUGUAGCUUACAAAUUAUUUUGAGUUUUAAAUAUGUGCAUUGAGUUGUUCUCAAUGGAGAAAAUUUAAAUUAGGUGUUCACUGCUGUGUAGUUUGAUAUAAUGCUUUCUGCUGUAAAUUGCUAAAAUUCACAUCAUUUAUCAUUGGUGAGGAAAAAAGAUUCACAUUAAAUGUUUCAAAAAAAAUUUUUUUAAUUCAAUUUUAAUACUUUUUACCAUACUUAAUAUUAACAUUUUAAAACUGCAUAUUUUUUAUAUCUUGUAUUGCAUGAAAUUAAAUCAUAUAUAUAUUGCACCAUUUCUUUGAAUUAAAACUGUUAUGCAGAUGUAACACAUUAAAAAAGCUAGUUAAUAAUUUAUAGUGCUAUUGCAAAUUUUAUUAAUAUUAAGUAUUGAAGUCUUAUAUGUUUUUCUUUGUUCUGUUAGUGACUUCAGAUCUAUGAAAUGAGCUACAUACUUUUAAGUUUCUGUCCUUAAAAUUAAUGUAUAAAUUGUUUCAGAAAGUUAUCUUGUUUUAACCAUUAAUUCUUCUAUUCUUUUAUUGAAUGAGUAGGUACCAAAUUUUUUGUAAUAUCUCAUCUCCAAAGUAUGAGUGAGUUUUCUUGAAGAAUGGAAAAAGCAUUGUAUGUAUAUAAUAUAUUGCUCUCAUUCUAGAAUGCACAUCUUGUGUUAUUUUUUCCCUGUAGUAUGUUUUGAUUUUAAAAUGCAUUUUACAUUCUCAUGGACUACAUUAGCCUCAUCUGUUUUUAGAGGAUAAGUGAUGUUUAAAUCACUCUGUACAUUCUAAACUUCGCCAUCAGACGAUGCCUCAGCCUGUUUGCUGUUCAAUUCAAAUGUAAUUUGCUUUAUGUAUAUCAUAAAUAAAAAAAGAGCAUUUUAAA